AAAGUUAAAAGGACGAAAGGAAUUAGUCACGUGAUUCAGUUCUCUGACGUCACUUCCACUGACACCGGCUAAACUGGGGUACUGGGGAAGCACGAUAUUUUGUCGAAAAUGUCGAUGUUCCGCAAUUCAAUUGUACGAUUGGUAACAAGCCAGCAGGGUUUGACAAGCACCUGCAAAUAUGCUACAGCUUCAAGCACAAACUUAAAGUCAGUGCUAGCUAAUCAGAUCCCAGAAAAACAAGAGGAAGUGAAACAGUUUAGGAAAGACUAUGGAUCAACAAAAGUUGGAGAUGUUACUGUGGACAUGAUGUAUGGUGGUAUGAGAGGUAUUAAAGGUUUAGUCACAGAAACUUCAGUUCUCGAUCCUAAUGAGGGUAUUCGUUUCCGUGGUUACAGCAUUCCCGAGUGUCAAGAUAAACUCCCAAGAGGCAAUGGAGGUACAGGAGAGCAACCCUUGCCAGAGGCUUUGUUUUGGCUUUUGUGCACAGGAGAAGUUCCCACCCAGCAGCAAGCAGACGCCCUUUCCAAGGAAUGGAAUGACAGAGCAGCUAUCCCAAACCAUGUCACACAAAUGUUGAACAACUUCCCGAGCAAUCUCCACCCGAUGUCACAGUUCAGCUGUGCUAUCACGGCACUUAACAGCGAGAGCAAAUUUGCCAAGGCAUAUCAGAGUGGUGUGAAGAAGACACAAUACUGGGAGUAUGCUUAUGAAGAUUCCAUGGACAUGAUUGCUAAGCUGCCAACAGUAGCCGCCAUAAUAUACCGUAACUUGUACAGGGAAGGUACUUGUGUUGGUGCUAUUGACCCAAAGAAGGACUGGAGUUGGAACUUUGCCACUAUGCUGGGAUAUGAUAAUCCUGAUUUUGUGGAACUUAUGAGAUUAUACCUUACAAUUCAUAGUGACCAUGAAGGAGGAAAUGUUAGUGCACAUACAACUCACUUGGUGGCAAGCGCUCUAUCAGAUCCCUAUCUGAGUUUUGCUGCUGGCAUGAAUGGACUGGCUGGGCCUCUCCAUGGUCUUGCUAACCAGGAGGUAUUAAUCUGGUUAACUGAGGUAAGAAAGACUGUAGGGGACAACAUUUCAGAGGAAGGCAUGAAGGAGUUUGUAUGGAACACUCUUAAAAGUGGACAGGUCGUACCAGGUUACGGACAUGCUGUACUGAGAAAAACUGAUCCACGUUACGAAUGCCAGAGAGAAUUUGCAUUGAAGAAACUGCCAGACGACCCAAUGUUCAAGUUAGUCUCUGCAUUAUACAAAGUUGUUCCAGAUAUUCUCUUGGAACAAGGCAAAGCCGCAAAUCCAUGGCCAAAUGUUGAUGCACACAGCGGUGUACUUUUGCAGUACUAUGGAAUGACCGAGAUGAACUAUUACACAGUUCUGUUUGGCGUGUCACGUGCUCUAGGAUGCAUGUCUUCAGUUAUUUGGGACCGAGCCCUCGGCCUACCCAUCGAGCGACCAAAAUCAUUUGAUACUCCAGCACUGAAGAAACUUGCAAUGUCAUCUGCACAGAAGUAGAUUAAUUCAAAAGACACUAUCUAACAAUACGUUGAAUAGUAAUGAAAUUAACAGAUAGAAAAAUUCUUAUUUAAUUGAACAUUUAAAUUAUUUUCUUGACAAAAAAUAACAUAACAAACCAAUAAUGCUGGAUAUUGAAGUUGUAAGAAACAUGUGUUUUCUUUCGAAUACUGAUGUGUUAUUGUGUUUUUAUAUUGGUCAGAAAAGUGAUUGUAAAGUAGAUUUUAUGAACGGUUAUAAUAUUAAGAAAGUAUGUUAAUGCUUGUUAUUAUUAUGAAAUAUAUUUACUUUCUGUAAGUUAUUUUACAAUGCAACAAUGUCUGUCAUAUCUUGGAAUACAUUAUUUAACUGUCUUGUGUUCUGUUCAGUUAGUGCUAUUUUUUUUUUUAAAAUGACUGUAUGGUUAAUUGUGUGCUUUGUGCAAAAUGGUUUUAACUGUUUUGGAUAUUUAGAAAGAGAUAUGAUCGUUUUGCAGUGAGCUUACAAUUUAAUCAUAUAAGAUAUAUAUAGUUCAUCAUUUUUAACCAUCCUUAUUUGUAUAUGAAAUGAAAGAAAACUGUGCCAUGAUUGCUCGAUUGUGUACGUGUCUUGAACAAAUAAACCCUGUCUUGGUCCAGAUUUCAUUUGCAUUGUAAAUGUGUCGAUAUUCGGAAAGCCAGUAUGGAAAGUUAGGUAUGUUUAAUGCUGUAAAAAUAGGCUAGGUACAGUCGGCUUCCCCAGUGCUUAAAAAGGUGAAAAUUAAUUCCAGUUUUAUUGUUUCGGGUAUAGUGUUAUUUAUUAUUAUUUAGAAUUGCACCUUUGUAUUCCAUUGAUUUCACACUCGUAAAGUAUUAAUAAUCUGUCUUUUUGAACAAAAAAGAAGGAAAAGUGAAGUAAAAAAAUGUUGAUUUUAUGUUGGUAUGUUUGUUUUUGGUUUCUUCAUACAUCUGUGGUACAUAGUUGUUAAAGUUUCAAUGCUAGAUAUAAUAAUGAAACAUAAUCUUAAAACUGUAUGGCUGCUAGGGAGGCAUGAAGCUUACUUUACUAUUAUUCCAGCAGACUGGAUUAAACCGAGUCUGAUUUCAAAAUUAUUUAUUUGUUUCUAAUUUCAUUGCUCCAAAGGAUCUCUGCUUGCCAUAUUUCAUUUGUUAAUCAGUAUGAAAAAUUAAUUUUGUCGGCUGACUUGAUAUGAAAGAAAUUUUUUCAACACAAACAAAAUUUUAAUGUUUAAAUUAGAAAGCAAUGGAUAUAAACAUCUGAACCCAUCAUAUUCAAAUUAAGAAAAAGGGACAUUAACAUCCUUCUUAAAAGCUCAUCAUAACAUUUCUUUUUUGUUUCUAAAAAAAAUGGCAUACCUUUAAACAAAACCCCUGACUGUAAAAAUUGAGGAAAAUGCUUGAUAAAGAUGUUGUGAAACUUGUUCUGUUUUGUAGAAUCGUACAGUGAUUUUUCAUGAUAGAUUUGUGAUAUUUUAUUUGUCUUGUGUGCUAAUGGUGAAGAUAAGUUAUUAUAGGGAGUACUAACUUAUGUCUCUUUCUCCCUGAAAUUUCAUAUUUUUCUCCCUAAAUUUUCGUGAAGUGUUAAGGUAUUUAAAUAGUGUGGUGUGGCUUGGUGACCAUAUAAGUGGAGUCACUUUAAAAAUAAGAGUUGAAAUAAUGUAAUAUUUUGGCUACGAAAUCAAAAUCAUAUAUUUUAUCUAGAAAUAUUUGCUAUUGCAUAGCUUUUGCUUUAUACGUUUUUCUUAAAGGUACAUUAAGCCUGAAAAAAAUAGUAAAGUUUUUCCCUUAGCAAAAAGGCUGAUAUGUGUUUUAAUAUUUUGGUGAUGCAUUUAGACAAGGUUAUAUGGUUAUGAUCCGAAGAAAAAAUAGCACUGAAUAUAAAAUAAUUUGCUUUUUUACAGAAGCAAAAAAUAAAAUUUUGACUUCCAAACAAAAUAGUGAAAUAAGUAUAAGUGUGGUUAUUGUCAAAAUGCAAAAGAUGGCUCAGGUUAAUAACCAAUGGCAAACAGGACACAAAAACUAAUAAGCUUAUGGAAAGCAUUUUUCGGCUUAAUGGGCCUUUAAUUAUUACAACACUGUCAGCUGACAUGCCAAGUUUGUAUAUUUAGAAAGAAGUAUAUAUGUUGUUUAUUGUCUUAUUAUAAUAGUUGAACUUUGUCCAAAGACUACUAAUGUGCUAAUCUAUUUUUAGAAAUAGAAUGCAGAGAAACAAGUGAACAUUUCCAUGUAAAAUUCCUAAAAAAUAAAUCAACUAUAAACAAG